CAGAACGUGGAUGAGGCCAGCGGUCCCCAGGAAGCAGCUCUCCCUCACACGGUGGUUUAACGGCGCAGUAGACGGAGGCAGCGUCCAGUCCGGAGGUCAGAGGUGACUAAUGGAGGCUUGAAGCUGUCGGGUUAGCUUGUCGUUAGCCUCGGGGGGCUUUUGCUAUGAUUGGCGUGAGCUGUUUCUCCUGGUAGGUCUGUGUUGACGAGCGGUGCACUGGAGCCUGUAGCUGCACAUCACAAAACCCACCGGAUUACUUCUUUUAUUUCUUCACCUGUGUGGCCGGCGGAGAGCCCACCUUUGACUCUGGAGCAGGACACGGAGGAAAGUGUGGCCAUGACGGGAGGGACUGCAGCGACCCUUCCCAUGAGCAACCACACCCGAGAACGGGUGACUGUGGCCAAGCUGACGCUGGAAAACUUCUACAGCACUCUGCUCACCCAGCACGAGGAGCGUGAGAUGAGGCAGAAAAAGUUGGAGAAGGUAAUGGAAGAUGAAGGUUUACCAGACGAUGAGAAAGUAAUGCGACGCUCACAGCACGCCCGUAAGGAGACCGAGUUUUUGAGACUGAAGAGGACGCGACUGGGCCUGGACGACUUUGAGUCUCUUAAAGUUAUCGGACGAGGUGCUUUUGGAGAGGUGCGUUUGGUGCAGAAAAAGGACACGGGCCACAUCUACGCCAUGAAGAUUUUAAGAAAAGCAGACAUGCUGGAGAAGGAACAGGUUGCUCAUAUCCGAGCAGAGAGGGACAUUCUCGUGGAGGCAGACGGUGCCUGGGUGGUCAAGAUGUUCUACAGCUUUCAGGACAAGAGGAACCUCUACCUCAUCAUGGAGUUCCUGCCUGGAGGCGACAUGAUGACCCUGCUGAUGAAGAAGGACACUCUGUCAGAAGAAGCCACGCAGUUCUAUAUCGCAGAGACGGUUUUAGCCAUCGACUCCAUCCACCAGCUGGGCUUCAUCCACCGAGACAUCAAACCUGACAACCUGCUGCUGGACUCCAGGGGGCACGUGAAGCUGUCAGAUUUCGGCCUGUGCACGGGACUGAAAAAAGCUCAUCGCACAGAGUUUUACAGGAACCUGACCCACAACCCACCCAGUGAUUUCUCCUUUCAAAAUAUGAACUCCAAGAGGAAAGCAGAGACAUGGAAGAAGAACCGCAGGCAGCUGGCUUAUUCCACUGUGGGAACGCCGGACUACAUUGCUCCUGAAGUCUUCCUGCAGACGGGAUACAACAAGCUGUGUGACUGGUGGUCUCUGGGUGUCAUCAUGUAUGAAAUGCUCAUUGGUUAUCCACCCUUCUGCUCGGAGACGCCGCAGGAGACGUACAGGAAGGUGAUGAACUGGAAGGAAACGCUCGUCUUCCCACCUGAAGUCCCCAUCUCAGAGAGGGCCAAAGACUUGAUAUUAAGGUAUUGCACUGACAAUGAGAACAGGGUUGGAGCUGUGAGCGUGGAAGAGAUCAAGAGUCAUCAGUUCUUUGAGUCAGUGGACUGGGAGCACAUCAGGGAGCGGCCGGCAGCCAUCUCUAUCGAAAUCAAGAGUAUUGAUGACACCUCCAACUUCGAUGAAUUCCCUGAAUCAGACAUCCUUCAGCCAGCCAAUUCGACUGAGCCAGACUUCAAGUCCAAGGACUGGGUGUUCCUCAACUACACGUACAAGCGCUUCGAGGGUCUGACCCAGCGAGGCACCAUCCCCACAUACAUGAAGGCAGGGAAGGCCUGAUGCGCUCAAACAGGGAGAGGCCGUCGUGGAGGAAAUAACAUCAAAACAAACAAAAACAGACGUUUUACGGACACAGGGUCGGGCCCUGGAGCCCCGCUGGUGCUGAAGGCUGCGCUGACAGCCUCUCAGUCUAAAAUUUAACCACCACAAUUUAUUAGGUCUGCUCAGCCGCCGCAAGAACUCCUAAAAGCAUUACCGCAUUACCUCGGUUGUUUAUACUGUUUACCUGUGCUGUCUCUAGCCAUAGCUCUCAGGCCACCUCACCAACUUGGACACUAAAUCAGCAUAUCUGCAUGUUCAGCGGCACAUUGCUUCUGGAGAGAUUUGGUUCGCUGCCUAAAAGCAUUAAAACGGCGGCGCUGGGAGUGAGGCUCGAAAACAAAUCACUGCUUCGACAUCUUUGCAUCGAUAGGUCUCAGCACUGAUGGCUAAAUUGGCUCUGAUGCAACGGUUUCUUGAUGUCGAGAACAAGCUCUAUACACUGUAGUCAAACUCUGGAUUAUUGAUAAGAACAGGAACCCCUCGCUCGUCCUCACCCUAACUCUGUUCAUGGAGCUGAUGGAAAGUUCCAGCAUGAUUUCUGGUGUUUUUAUUUCUGCUACAGUUCACAAAACCUUAAGCUCAGAGAAAUGUCUUGUUUUGGUUUACCUGGUGGCUUGACUGGUUCUACAUCUAUACUACUAAGGCAAUGGUUAAGGUUAGUUAGGUUUAGGGAUAGGGAUAGUAAAGGUUCGGAUGGUUAGGGUGGGGGGCAGCGGACCACCCUACCUAGACAAUGCCACUUAGAGCUCCUUGUGCAUAAACCUUCAUGGCCUGUUUAAAAAAAAAUCUAGAGUCAUUUAGGCGGUAUAUGGUUAAGCAUUUAGUUAGGGUAAGGGGCUAGGAAUUGAAUUAUGUCAAUGAGUGUCCUCACUAAGAUAGGAGUACAAACGUGUGUUUGUGUAAACCUAACCUUGAUUAAGGUUUAUGGCGGUGAUGUUGGUUGCCACCUGCCAAUAAACAAUAAAGACGAAGGUUAGUGCUAAGAUGUGAAUUGUGGUUAGGUUAAGGUUAGGGUCAGGCAUGAAUUGGUCAUGGUCAAGGUUAGUGGUAAGGUCUGGAAGUCAAUGCAAAGUCCUAAUUAGGAUAGCUGCUCAAACCUCUGUGUGUCAUUGCAAUAUGGGGUCCUAGAGACACCUUUUUUCAACAGGAGUCAUCACUGAGGUGGUUGUGUGUGCUCUGGCAGCUGUUUGCACGUUGGUCUCUUCUGUGGACAGGUUUUGCUAACACGACUAAGCAAUACAUAUAAAACCUUACAUGUGAGUGGUCAAGAUAGGAAGGCAGAGUCGGAAAACACAGGCUUGGUUCUACCCACGUGAGGUGUUUUCUCAUGCAGUAAUGCUGUAAUGACGACAGGUCCCAACGUCAACAUGUUGACAUGCUUGGCAGUUAUAUAAAGGUGUAAUAAUACAGAGGAGGUUAUGUUUUCGUCUGCGUUCGUAAGUCUGUCCGUCUGUGAGUUAGCAGGAGUACGCUAAAAACUACUGAAUUACCGCAGAAGUUGGUGGAAGAAUCCAUCGAAAGAAUCCGUUAAAUUUUGGUGCAUAUGAGGGAAUUUGUUUUUCACUUUCUUUCACAUUGUGAGAUUGGGUGUUUUGCAACCCUUUCAUUCAUUUCUCAAAAAAUAACUCAUGGAUCCUAAUGGGGAAAAAGAGUCAGGUAUAUUUAGGGUUAUAUCUUUGAGUUUGUGCCACUUACUCACAGUGUUGGAUGAGGUUGAGAUUAAAGCGUUGGUGCUUUUGUUGUACCAACUGAAAGCUUGUAUAAAUAUGAUUGGAAAGGCUACAAGAUAUAAAACAAACAAGUGAAAAGUCAAAUCAUGCUGGAAUCAUCCUGUUGCCCGUCACACGGUGCCAAACAAACUGCGCUUGAGUGUCUCUUCCCUUCAGAGCCCAUUGUUUGGUUCAGAUUAGUGCUACAGUAAUAAAUGUCUCCCCUGUUUGGGAUACCAAAUGAGUCCGACAGCCAAUCGCUUCCUUCUUAGACGGACAAAACAUGCAAAGUGCCUUUAGAUAUUUAACCAGAUCUGUUAGAGGUUUCAUCCGAAAUUAGUCAGAAGGACGUUAAUAACAAUUAAGAAUUAGUUAUAUAGGAAAUGAGGAAGAGAAAUAUAAGGAAAAGAAAAGAAACACAGGGAAAUUAUUCUAAAUGUGCUCAUUCAGCUUUUUAAAUGUGUGUGUGAGAAACAUUAUUUGACUGAUAAAACAAAGGCAGUUUAGAAAAAGCUUGGUUUUAUACGUUAGAUAGGGGAUCGUAAAGAAAGUAUUGCGUCAUAGCAAACCGUCAGAACAAAGAGUCUUUGUUUGGCGAGUAAGGAGAAAUAUAAUAAGAACAGAUUAAUGUCAUGGAAAUCUACACAUGUAUGAUAAAAGUGUUCUUCCGUUGAGGUUUAAUUUUCAUCGUUAAUAAUGAAUUAAGUUUCCAUUUGCUGUAUUUAAUUUGUUUUUCUUUCCCUUUAAAAAAGAGCCUCAAUAACAUCAAACGCAAGGUCUCGCUUUGUCCACGAUAACAAAUCCUCAUCACGUCUGCUAAACAUAGUAACCAAAGAACUGUGAUCGCCACACGUCGUGAUCUGAACACACGAGUUCAGAUGUAGCUGUCGCUUGCUGCACUCAACUUCAAACUACCUUUUAGACACAUACCUUUGGUUCCGACAAAGAAAGUGAGUGUGCGGGGGACGGGUCGUUUCUCAGUUCCGUCAAGACUUAACCACGUUGAACUAAGCUGUACCCAUCAUAAGAAUCCAACAUUAACAGUCUGUGGUGGGAUUUUAGAGGAAUUGAAGGAACUAAAUGGUUCAUCAGUUGGAAAAUGUUAGUGUUGUGUUAUAUUACACCUACACCAGCCUCCGUUUUUACAAUUUAAUCUGUUUAACCUUCAUCCAGGUGAAAACCCGUUGGCUACGAAUGCACCAACAAAAUUGACCCAUAGCAUUCAAAGUGUGGUCAACUGAAGGCAGAUACGUGUGUAUUUUUGCAUUAUUUAUUAUUUUUCAUGAGAUUUUGUUGUAACAUUCAGAAGAUUGAAAUUGGAUGAUGUUCAUUUUGGGGUUUUCUGGGAUUCAAAGAGAUUCUCCACAGAUUUAGCACUUUUAUAAAGUUGAAAAAGAUUAGAUAAUACUAAUAAUAGUAAAAUUACAUUGCCUGGAAUUGAUGUAGCAGAGGCCAAGGAAUCCCAUGAUUCCAACUCUGCUGUUUUAACCCUCUAUAACUAGUAAAUGUGUCUUCCAUACUCCAGUAAUACUCCCAAUUAGGAGUAAACUAAUAUUAUAAAAUCUGUGGAAACCCCCUUUAAUUACUGUAUCAUAUCAGAUUCACAUCCCUGAUCUGGCGGUGUCUUAUCCCAUUAUAAACAUCCAAACGUCUGGGUUUUACUCAAACAGAAAUGUAAUGAAAGCUGAAAGCAGUACAGUAGCAGGGACUGGUGCACAGUGGGGGAUUUUGCUGAUGGCUAGCGCUGCAGAUUUCCCGGCUGUGUCUAAUCACUGGAACAUACAGACAAUACUUUGAAAAGGGCCAAACGGCUGCAUGAGGAUAGAUCUCGUCUCCCAGCCGAGCUGGUCCAUGAAAAACGUAUGUUGGAUGGUGACUGUGUGAUGAAGCUAUAGGAUAUUUUCAUGAAGUGGUAGAAUAAUCUGUGAUUUUUUGUUGUUGUGAGGUGACAUGUCACCUUGUUCUAUGUCAAACUCGUCUGUGCUGUAAUAGAGACAUGACUACACUUUUAUUUUCAAGUACAUCCACAGAAAAAAACAAAAGUAAGAGGAGGGUAAAUACCUUAUUCGGGAUCCACACAAUUCUAUAUAUGUAUAUAAAAGAGGACUUGAAUUCCACUGCUGCGCCACUUUAUCUGAGGGGAGUUAAAUUAUGGUGAGAAAUAGGGAUUUUGAGAAAUUUGUUUCUGAGUUUAACCAGAUAAUUCAUUCCUGAAGGACCAAACAUUACAACAUCACACAAUCUGUCAUCACUGGAUGUUUAGAGAACACAUUUUCCCAACUCAGAUUAAGGAAAAUGCAUAUAUCCCCAAAUAAAAGCUAGUGACACAAAACUAAAAUGUAACUCAUUCACAUCCAGUGUUUAGAUUUAGAUUGAAGUAGUCUACUUACUUCUCUGCCUCGGAAAACUCAGAGCGCAGCAACUUAGCUCAUAAUGUGUAACCCCCACCCCCUUGUAAAAGCAAGAAUCCAAGCUCCCCGUAAUCAAGGCUUUAAAAGCCCUCCGCAGGCCAUGUGUUUUAGGUGUAAUGAUGUACAUAUUGUUGUAGACACUUGAAGGAAGCGUUCUGUGGAGUGAAGGAGCGAUGGUUCAUUAAUAUAUUCAUUCACACUGGUGAGUUUUUAUGUAGAUAAAAUGCUUAAAAUAAUAAAAAAUUUAACACUAAAA